AUGGGCCAGUUAUUAGCCUUCUUCCGGAAGCCGACCCUCGACGCGGUGCGUGUGCGUCGCGUCUGGGUCGAACGUAUCAAUUCGCAUGAGAAGUAUAUUCAAGAGGUGGUUAUUGAACUAUGACAUCAAAUGGAUUUGUGGUUUCAAGGUUCUGAUAAGGAUCUGCGCAAGGAACGAGGCGAUCAAGGCGACCAUGUUGGCGACGUGCCAACAACACGCCGUCAGCGAGUCCGAACAGAACUUCUUCCUGUCGACGUUGGCCGACCGGAUCGUCAACUUUUUCCAUCACCUCAUUUCGGUAGGUUUUCGGAACGGAACCUUGUCCAAAAUAUAGGAUUUUAUAAAAAUCCUCUGAAUAACUGGGAUAGUCUGACCUGUCUGCACAUUCUUUUCCUCACCGGCGAGGUCAUAGAAAAGUGAAAAAGCACGCAAACACAAGAGCUUCUCCGAAAAUUUCAAAAGAAGUUAGACUGUUAAAAAGUUUGGCGAAUGGUUUAUUCUACAUUGUGCAAAAAGCAGCGAUCAAACAAAAAACGGUUUCAAUAUUUAUUUGUCACCCUGUAGCUGCUAAAAAGGUUUCUAUACAAAUCUGCUCACAAGGGAACUGUUUUUACCUUUUUUUUUUGGUUAUUCAUCACUAAAAAACGAAAAUAUUAAAGUUUACAGGUUUUUUUUAUGUUUUGAGAGAGAGUUUUAAUUAAAUUUCAACAGUAUCUUCUCAGAAAAAAAUAGCAAAAAUAAAUUUCGUUAAAAGGAUUCGAACCCCCGACCAUAUUCUCCCAGUGCUAGCACGCUAGCCACUACACCACGCGGCCAAAAUGAGGAAGCGUGCGCGAGACACAUUCUUUCUCGCUGCGAUCCACUCUUCUCACGUGCAAACUUUGAGACGUCAUAACUCGACUACGAGGCAAAAGUCGAGAAAUUGUUUUAUUGGUUUAGAAUCAGCUUGCCUUAAAGUACAUCCCUGCGAAGUUUCAUCAAAAAACAGUCCCCUUGCCAGUCGUUUCCUGGUCGGUUGCGUAUUAGCAGCAGGAUUACUAGAGAACACUACGACCAUUCACUGAAGACCUAACCUAGAAAAAAGAAACACAUUUCUGAGGAUUUCAAAUUCGUUUUUCAAAACUUUUAACAGAACUGAUUCUCUCUCAAAACUAUACUACAUAUAUAAUUUGACUCGUGAUCAUAAUCAUGUCAUGAAUUCUACAACAACAAACUGACGUCAUUUCUUGACGUCAUCCUAUAAAUCUCUAUAAAUAUUCCCUCCCAGAAAUCUUCAUUCCCUUCUAAAAUUCCCAACCGAAGCCGAUGUCAUCUGCCAAUUCGGCACCAGCCAUCGGCUCAUCUGAAUCCAGAAGACGAGCUCAACCUGUGCGACGUCUUCUCCCGCCUCCGAAAGCCCCGGACGCCGUUCAUCCGUUUGCUGUACCUGAAACUCCGGUCAACGAGAAAAUGUUCGACUUUCCGUCAUCUGGCGACAACUCAACUUCUUGA